AUGCAAGUGUUGUUGUAUUUCGCCAUGUUGGUGGUCCCCAUAUGGAGCUUGACGCUAGACACAUCCGGCUACCUGCCCGAUCCCCCAACAAAAUCAACCACAGCAACAGCAACAACCACGACAUUCCGUUCUCGAUUCAGCGGAUCCAUAGCCAACGACGACGACGACCCCGAUUCCCUAAUGGAGGUCCCGUUUUUUUACACGCAGCAGUUCGCCAAGAUGUACCAAGGCGACAUCUUGGAGUGCAUGCAAACUGCCGAAAGUUCAUUUGUGCAAAGUUUCCGAAACUGCAGCCUGGCCUCGGCGCGCGACCAAUUGGGGUGGUGCCGAUGCCGCUUCUUCGAGAUGAUCAAUCUGGAGUGUCUGGAGGUGGGCUUGAAUAACGACUCGUUGUGGUAUUUGAUCAAGUUGGAUAAUCCCGAGUGCGGGAUGACGUAUUAG